CUGUGUUGGCCGAUUUAUACAAGCGCUCGACUCCUCGUAAACUCAGUCCCAUCAGUGUGUGUUUCUGCGUGAGAGAGAAAGCAGAGAACCAUGGAAAUGGAAUCAAUGGCGUCGGCGAUCGGAGUAUCAGUAGCGGUACUCCGAUUCCUUCUCUGCUUCGUUGCAACUAUUCCUGUCAGCUUCUUUCACCGCCUUGUCCCCGGCGGCCCCACCGCCAGACACCUUUACGCCGCCUUGACGGGCGCCCUGCUCUCCUACAUUUCCUUUGGAUUCUCUUCGAAUCUGCACUUCCUCGUGCCUAUGCUGAUUAGUUACGCGUCAAUGAUCAUCUAUAGGAAACGAUGCGGUGUAAUUUCCUUCCUGUCAGCCAUGGGUUACCUCAUUGGAUGCCAUGUAUACUACAUGAGUGGAGAUGCAUGGAAGGAAGGAGGCAUUGAUGCCACAGGAUCUCUCAUGGUGAUAACAUUAAAAGUGAUUUCAUGUGCAAUUAAUUACAACGAUGGAUUAUUAAAAGAAGAAGAUCUUCGCGAAUCCCAAAAGAAAAACCGAUUACUCAAAUUACCAAAUUUAAUCGAAUACAUCGGAUACUGCCUCUGUUGUGGAAGCCACUUUGCAGGACCAGUUUAUGAAGUCAAAGAUUACCUUGACUGGACCGAAAGAAAAGGGAUUUGGACAAAAUCUGAGAAAGGCACACCAUCACCAUUCCUGGCAACAUUAAAAGCUCUUCUUCAAGCUGGUUUUUGCAUGGGAUUAUAUUUAUAUCUUGUCCCAAGUCAUCCAUUAUCAAGAUUCAGUGAGCCAAUUUAUCAAGAAUGGGGAUUUGUGCAACGUUUGAGCUACCAAUACAUGUCGGGCUUUACAGCCCGUUGGAAAUAUUAUUUCAUUUGGUCGAUUUCAGAAGCUUCUCUUAUCAUUUCGGGCCUUGGUUUUAGUGGUUGGACGAAUUCGCCCUCGCCUAAACCCCUCUGGGAUCGUGCCAAAAAUGUUGAUGUUUUGGGUGUUGAGUUUGCUAAAAGUUCAGUUGAGUUGCCACUUGUUUGGAACAUUCAAGUCAGCACUUGGCUUCGUCAUUAUGUUUAUGACAGACUUGUUCAGAAGGGAAAGAAGGCUGGCUUUUUGCAAUUGCUAGCAACACAGACUGUUAGUGCUGUAUGGCAUGGAUUAUAUCCUGGGUACAUGAUAUUCUUUGUUCAAUCUGCUUUGAUGAUUGCUGGUUCAAGAGCCAUUUACAGAUGGCAACAAUCGGUCCCACCAAAUAUCAAGAAGAUAUUUAUGCUCAUGAAUUUCGCUUACACCCUUCUUGUCCUAAACUACUCAUGUGUUGGUUUUAUGGUGUUAAAUUUCAAUGAAACACUGGCUGCAUAUGGGAGCGUGUACUACAUUGGAACUAUCAUCCCAGUUGUUCUAAUCCUCCUUGGUAACAUUAUAAAGCCAAAACCAAUCAGAUCCAAAAUUCAAAAACAAAAGUUCACGUUCAAGGAAAAAAUCCCAAUAACAUAUCCACUCACAACAAUCGGAUGGGAGUACAUUUAUCGACAUCAAUGA